UCUUCCCUAUAUAAGAGUGAGCGGUGAACGGUGGCACUGCCUAACUCCGGUGGUACAAGAUGGCUGCCAAUCUUCACGUGCUCACUGCCCUCAUCCUCCUGGCGCUCUUCACCUCCAGUAGCGGUUGGUUUUUUAGAAGAAUCAAACUUCAUGAUGUAAAGAAUUGUUUCUGCAAGGCUGUGAACAACCACAACUACGGACAAGUCUUCAAAGACUUUGGCUCCAUCCAGCAUUGUCGGCGUCUUGUCCACUGUCCAUGCAGUGCCCCGGAACUCAUCACAUGCGGCACGGAAUGUGACCGGAAGGUCAAGGAGUGGGCGUGUGAUCACGGAUGUGGCGGACUUCCGGCCGGUACAAAGGUCAGGGCAUCCUACGGAGCCAGUGUAUGUAACUCCGGUCGUGCGGCAGACGUCUACGUGUGUGGCCAACAAAACAACUGUCAGCGUGGCUAGGUGACUCAUGUUGUAAUGCCUGUUACCAGAUGUAGCAACUGGAGGCCUGAAUAAUAAAAGCAUUAAAACUGCC